AUGGUUACAAAAAAAGGUGAACAUUAUUGGUGCCCGUCCAGUGUAAUUGAUGUUCGUCUUCGUCCAGACUCACCUGUUGUACUUAGUGUUGAUUAUUUGCAACCAUUUACACUCAUUAAACAAUUUACCUGGACUGAACUUAAUACUUAUUGGGCGAAAACUAACCUUUCUAAGCUGAACUUUUCAACUGCAUUACAGUUUCCAGAUUUUCCUCUCUUUGAAAGCUUAAAUCCUUCACUUCGACAAUGGACAAUCUCACCCAAAGAUCCUGGUAUGUGGUAUUUACUAUCUGUUCAUGAACGACUGUUUUCAAACAUAAGCCAUCCGCAUGAUAAUUGGUGGCUUAAAGAAUACCCAAACGCCUCCUAUAGGCUGCAAAAUUUCCUCCCUAAUUCAUCCAAUGAAGUGUGGACUUUUGUCGACAUGUUGCAACAUAAUGAACAACGUGUGUUUCAACCAUGUUCGAAACUGCAUUUGCCUGAGCGACAGAUGAUGAACUCUGAAAACUCAAGGCGAGUUUACAAGCCACUUCGAUUCUUAAUUUUGUCUAUGUCAACUGAUAAAACUAUUGGGCGCAGUUUCAGUCGUUUUGCAGCUAUUCGUACAGCAUACAGCAAACGUUUCAAUUACACUUUCGAAUUAAACUUCAUUCAACCUAAGUCACGUAUUGUUCAUUACCGUAAAAUUGAAGUUCUCAUAAAUUAUUACAGAAAGUAUUCGCAUACUGAUACGUUCGACUAUCUUUUCUGGAUGGAUUGGGAUACGUGCAUCAUGAACGGGACAGUACCUCUUGACUCAUUUAUUCCUACUUCGCUACCAGAUAUAAUCAUGACUGAUCAUAAUCAACCAAUCAAUAACGGUGUAUUUUUUUUGCGCUUGAGAGACGUCCCACGCGUAGGCCGUUUUCUCCAGUUUUGGCAAAGGCAAAGUCUGUUGGCUAAUUGGGAUUGGCAGGACAAUGGAUCCAUGUUUCCAAGCCUUAUAGUAUACUUAGUUAGAGAACCUAACUAUAACAAUGAGUGUGGUACUGGUCAUACAUUGACCUGUUUCAUAGAACAAAUUCUAUCUGUGAAGUACCGACUACCUUAUGGGAGGAGGUUUUCACAGUAUUUAUAUUGUAUACCAGCACCUCUCGGUUUUAACAACCAUCAUUUUACUGAGGGUAAUAUCAAUAACUGGCACCCAAGUACGACAUAUUAUCCAGAUAAAGGAAUGUUUGUUAUUCAUACUAAAGAUGAAAAUACAUGGGCGAGUCUCUCAGAAAAAAUUAAUGGAUGGCAUAUGGACAAUAUUUCUAGUCUGCCAUGGGUGAAUUUUAGACCUGAUACCAUACAGUUAGGAACUUUAUCAUCUACAACAUCAAUGACGUAUAUGAGAUUUCGAUACACAUCUCAUUAACCAGAAAAACCUUGAUCUUUAGUGUGAGUGCGGAUGUGAGGAAUAGUGUGAGUUUGUGCGGAUUUGUGUCAACAUCGUGUCCAUGAGAAAGAAAAUGGUGGGUGUGGAUGUGAGCAUGAGUCUGGACAUGAGAGUACCUUGAAAAUGGAUGAAGAUUUACAUUUGUGUGUUUCGUUUUUGAUGUGGGUACGCGUGUCAAUAAGGGAGAUCGCUUGAUCUUAUAUGUAGAUAUUACUGAAUGGAUGUCUGCACUCUGAAAAAAAGGGUACUGUACGGAACCUUUUUUGCAGCGAAAUCGAAACGUUUUUCAAGGUUUCGUCAAAAUCCAAUAGAGGUUCAAAAUGAUUGUCAAAGAGUGUGGAUGUGAGCGUGGCGGGUGUGGAUGUGGAUGUGGCUGUGGUUGUGGCUGUGGCUGUGGCUGUGGGUGCGGGUAUGAGUGUGGAUGUGGAUCUUCUCUACACAAAAACCCACACACACCCGCACCCACACCCUGUAAUCAUAUUUCAAAAUGAAAACCUUCCAUAUUUUACGUAUCUAAAGCAUCUGUAUUCCGAUGAUGAAAAAUGUUCCAUAACAAGUUGUUGAAUAAGAUAGAGGAAGAAUUUUUUUUCAAAAGAAAAACAAACUACAAGAUAUCACAUAAGAAUUGAGUUAGAUUCAGAUGAGAGUAUUUUAAUGAAUAUGAUAUUGGUUCAUGAAUUGUUAAACUGUAAUCCACUUCAUUGAAAUUCCAGUUGAAGUUCUUAUAUUAUCGGCUUCUUAUCUAUAAUCUUGUUUAUCAAUAACAACUUGAAACUAUAGAAAAUAUUAAAUUAUUUGCAAAAAGGUAUUAUUUCCCAUUGUCUCAUGGAAUUUCUCAAUGAAAUAUUCGUAUUUCAGAUAAAAUAAUACUGUGAAACUCCCAGGUCAAACGACCCCAGUCGGAUCUCGCCAGUUCGGAAUAAUUUCGGUCGGAUCCGGUCCUAUAUUUGUCGGAUAUCCAUCAACCGGAUUCCGGUCCAGAUUUCAUCGGAAUUCGACGAAACGUGACAAAAUCCGACCUGAUCCGGCCCGAAUUUCAUCGUGUUCCGUCGAAUUCCGAUGAAAUCCGGCUGAUGGGAAUCCGACAAAAACCUUGUCGGAUCCGAUCGGUUUUUUAUGAAAGAUGUCGGAUUCCGAUGAAAUCCGAGGCGGAUCCGAUCGUUUUCGAUCGAAUCUACAGGUCGGAUUGAAUCUCCUGAGAGCUCUCGAUAAGUUCAUACUGAAGUAUUAUUAUGCAAUAAACAAUACUGAAUUUUAUUUGUUUUUCAUUAUCACUUACUAACUUUUUUUCAUGUUCUUAUAAUAAACACAUCUUUGUAACUAUUAGUAUUAUUAAUUCAAAAGAACCAUCAUCAUUUAUGUACAUUUGGGCCAUUUUUGUAGAAGCAACAAGAAAAGCACACUAAAAUGCACCGUGUUGAAAAAAGAAAUCGAAUAAAUCAUCAUUGAAAACUUCGAUAUCACUAGACAAACCAUAUAUGGGUGUAGGUGUGGGGCGCGUAUAGGUGUACUUUGUCAGGUCGCACUCACAUCCAUUUAACAGUUAAUUUUAAAAUUAAGUUUUCUAAAAAUCAUUUAGUCACUUAACACUUAAUAUUAAAAUUAAGUGAUUCAAUUAACACU